AGCAUGCCACGACCGGUGUAUGCCCGACGAUCGGAAUGUCGUCCUAUUCCUCGGGUUGAGAUAAGGUUAUGUAAACAGGCGAGCAAAGUCGAAGGCGUACGGCGUCUCAGGGGCAAGUCAUAUUCGAGUGCAUCGCCUGGAAUUUGAAUGCAAUAAUAUAGGAUCAUUGCUCACUUACAGAGCUACAAUCCAAUCUCUGCAAUUACUGCUGGCCCUGGAUCAUCACGAAUUAACAUCAUUGUGUCAACCAAGAACUCACGCUUCAACAUGGGCAAGAAGAAGGUCCUCGUGUGCUAUGGCGUUGACAUCGAUGCUGUGGCUGGUUGGCUAGGUUCAUAUGGAGGUGAAGACAGCACGAGCGACAUCAGUCGAGGUCUAUGGGCUGGCACUAUUGGAACGCGCCGCCUCUUGAAGCUCUUUGAGAAGUAUAACAUUAAAGCGUCCUGGUUCAUCCCAGGGCAUUCUUUAGAGACCUUCCCUGAAGAAUGCGCUAUGGUGCGAGAUGCGGGACACGAGAUCGGACUGCAUGGUUACUCGCACGAAAAUCCUAAGGAUAUGACAAUCGAACAGCAGAGCGAUGUGCUGGACAAAACGUUCAGAAUGCUGACUGAAUUUUGCGGAAAGCCACCACGGGGCAGUGUGGCGCCAUGGUGGGAGACUAGCGCAGAAGGAACCGAGCUCAUGCUGAAAUACGGCAUUGAGUAUGACCAUUCAAUGUCCCACGAAGACUGUCAACCGUAUUGGUUAAGAACCGGCGACACCUGGACUAAGAUUGAUUACUCACAGAAGGCCGAAACAUGGAUGAAACCUUUGGUGAAAGGCAAAGAGACAGGCCUUGUUGAAAUUCCGGGAAGUUGGUAUAUCGACGAUCUACCCCCAAUGAUGUUCAUCAAAGGAUCCGCCAAUUCGCAUGGCUGGGUGAACCCUAGAGACGUUGAGGAUAUAUGGCGCGACCAUUUUGAUUAUUUUUAUCGAGAAUAUGAUGAGUUUAUCUUCCCGAUGACAAUACACCCAGAUGUUUCCGGAAGGCCACAUGUUUUGCUCAUGCAUGAGAGGAUAAUCGAGCACAUAAACAAGCAUGAAGGCGUCGAGUGGGUAACUAUGGCCGAGAUGUGUGACCGGUUCAAAGCGCAAAAUCAACCGCCUCCUGGUGCCAUGAUGCCCGCCAGUAAAGAAGAAGUAAUGAAAAUGCUCGAGGAGACCAAGAAAUGACACUAAUUGAUAUCCGUCGGGAUGGGGUUUGGCUCUCCUAUAAAUUAAUUAAUUAAAUCAAAUUGAAGUAAAUGUCCAUCAACCUGAGACAUUCAACAUAAAACAAAGUCAUUCAUAUAAGUUCGGG